UGCAAUUAUUUUAAAGCGGAUAAAGAAUUUGCUUAGGUUACUAAGUGGAUAAGGAGUAGUUUAAAUCAAUUCAUGCUGCUUUGCCAAGUUAAUUUUCCCGCGCUUUGUGCAUUUGGUAAGUCUCUUUCACUACUUAAGAAACCUAUGCUUUGAAUAAAUUAAUCGCAAACUAUCACGAAUUUACCAUUUUACCCCAUCAUAGUCUGUACUCCACAGCUCCACUCUCCCCCUUUCUCCCUCACAGUCACUGCUCACUUUGUAUUCUUUCUAUAAAUAGCAAACAUCACCGUCUCCAAAUCCAACCCCCCCUCCUAAAAAAAACCCUCACUUAAAAAUCUCACUAAAAAAAAAAAAAAAAAUUGAAAAAUGGGUGUUUUACUCUGUUUCAUCUUCUUCCUCUUUUUUUCAUCAGCUUCUGCUGCUACUCCUACUUGUAACCAAUGUGUCUUUGCAAAAGCUGCGUUCUUUGCUAGUUCUAAAGGUCUUUCUGGUGGAGCAUGUGGGUAUGGUCCAUUAGCUCUAAACUUAAAUGGUGGUCAUGUUGCUGCUGCUCUUCCUAUUAUUUACAAGAAAGGUGAAGGUUGUGGUGCUUGCUUUCAGAUAAGAUGCAAGAAAGUCGGUGUUUGCAGUACAACAGGCACAUCAAUUGUUGUGACUGAUAUACACACUGAUAAGAGCAACACCACUGAUUUUGUGCUAAGUAGCAGAGCUUUUAGGGCAAUGGCUUUGCCUGGUAAAGACACACUACUCGAACAGAUUGGGAUUGCUGAUGUCGAAUAUAAGAGGGUUCCCUGUAAUUACAAAGGUCAAAACUUGACUAUCCGAGUGGAAGAGUUCAGCAAACCUCCGAACUAUUUGGCAAUCAAAAUCCUCUACCAAGGCGGUCAAACCACUAUCCUAGGAGCCGAAGUUGCUUCUGCUGGUAAACCAAGUAACUGGAUUCCCAUGAGCCGAAAUUAUGGGGCAGUCUGGGACACAAGCAAGGCUCCAACUGGGAAACUGAUGUUCAGGUUUUCCAUAAACUCAGGGUUCAAAGCUCAGUAUUUCUACACCAAUGAAGUCCUACCCGCGAACUGGAAGCCUGGUGUCAUGUAUAUCUCCAAAGUGCAAAUUAAGGAUAUUGCUCUAGACGGUUGCACUCCUUGUAAACCAUGGAAAUGAUCAUGCCGCUUUGAUCUCCUCUUAGUAGUAGUGUUGUGUGCCUGAAGAUUUUCGUGUACUAUUCCGUACUUGUUAUCAGAGCUCAAAAUUGUAGCAAAAAAAGGCUGAAGAUGGAAGAGUUGGCUUCAUGUCAUACUGUCAUGGUUGUUAUCUGACUUUGUAUGUCUGUAAUGAAACUUAAUUUACUCUUUUGUGUCUCUUAGUACUUGUCAACCAAUCUAAGUUGAAAGGCUUUAUUCAUAUGAAUGAAUGAAUGAUAUGAUAGAUCUCAUAUGAUCCUGCUAGUAUUGGCCAUCA